AUGUUAUCCCCUCAACAAAUCAGACAAGCACACUUCAAUGCCGAAUUUGGUUACGGAUCCAUGGGCCUUACUUGGACGCCAAAGCCAGCCCCCAAGGAACAGGCUUUUGCAGCUAUACACAAGGCAAUCGAAAUGAGUAAAAAGCCGGCCUUGAUCAACAUGGGUGAGUUUUACGGGCCUGACUUUAGCAACUUGCGGUUACUUGGUGAAUUUUUCAAGACUCACCCUGGACUCCGCGAAAAGGUUAUCGUGAGUUGCAAAGGCUGUAUGGACAAUGCAACUCUCGCACCUCGCGGAGACCGCGCGGGAGUUCUAAGUUCCGUGGAAAACUGCGUUCGCGCGUUUGGAGGCCCUAUCGACGUUUUCGAACCAGCCAGAAUUGAUACCGAGCUAGCGGGCUCGAAACCUUACGCUCCAGAGACUUUCGAUGCGCUUGUCGAGUGUAUCGAAAAGGGUCUCAUCGGAGCCAUUUCUUUAAGCGAAGUCACAGAAGAGCAGAUCCGUGCCAUUGAUGCCAAGUACCACCAGUAUGUCUGCUGUGUUGAGAUCGAGCUAUCGCUUUUCUCGCCCCACAUAUUGUCGAAUGGGAUUGCGGCCGCUUGCAAUGAGCUGGGUCUGCCCAUGUUGUGCUAUUCACCACUGUGUCGUGGUCUUCUAACAGGCCAUGUCACCUCCUCGGAUGACGUGCCAGAUGGUGAUUUCAAGAAGUGUCUUAAGAAAUUCAAUGGUGAUGCGCUUAAACACAACUUGCUCUUGCCACAAUUUUUACAACAAGAGAUUGUGGCCAAACAUAAGGGUGCUAUUACUUUACCACAAGUAGCUCUUGCUUGGAUUAAGGCUCUAAACGCAAAGUAUCCAAAAACUAAUUUUAUCCCUAUUCCUGGUGGGUCCUCUGCCAAGCGUGUCGAGGAGAACUUUACCCUCAAGGAGCUUUCCGAACAGGAACUGGAUAAAAUUGAUGAUUUUAUUAAGCAUUUCCAGGUGCAAGGUGACAGAUAUGAAGUCGCUUAG